AUGGGAAGUAAAAAGAAAUUCAAAAAGGGCACACACUUGGCCCCGCUUCUAGACAGCUCCAGUGAGACCAGCACCUCGGAGGUGUACCAAAUUAGGAGAGAAAUCUUUUCACACAAGAAUAUUACAAACGUGCUGGAAAGGGUCAUACUGAAGAGAGUCACCCAGGGAGACCUCAAUCAGUAUAACAGCUUUUGCUACCUCUACAGUCGCGACGAAAUAUAUGAGCAGCUAACAAACCUGCAACGUAUUUAUGAAGAGUGUAAAGAUUUGGAGGCACUACCGAAGCUGUUUGGAGUACCCAUCAUUUUAAAAGACAACAUUUGCACAAAGAACAUUCCAACCACAUGUGGAAGCAAAAUUUUAGAAAAAUACAAACCGUCCUAUGAUAGCACUGUUGUGAGGAGGUUAAAAAAACAUGGGGCUGUAAUUGUGGGGAAGACCCAUUUGGACGAAUUUGCCAUGGGGUCCUGCACAGGGCAGGGUGUAAAGAACCCCUUCAAUGAAAGUGACCUAUCUUGUGGUGGCUCUUCUGGCGGAUCGGCUAGCUGUAUCGGUUCUAGAAUCAUCCACUGCUCAGUAAAUACAGACACAGGGGGAUCUGCUCGAACCCCAGCCGCUUUAUGUGCAUGCAUAGGGAUGAAACCCACCUAUGGAAGGAUAAGCCGCUAUGGCAUUAUCCCCUAUAAUGAAGAAACAGAUGUGGUAGGACUCAUCGUUAACAAUGUGUAUGACUGCAGCAUCCUCUUGGAUGUCCUUUCCGGAGGGGAUAAAAACGAUCUGACAACUCUAAAAGGGAAAGAAAAAAAAUUCCAUCGCAAAUUAAAAAGGUAUGAAGCUUCCCCCAACUUUCAAGAAAAUAAAUGGCCACUCAAAAAUAUGAAAUUUGGCUACCUAAGUGAGGAGCUUUUAAAAAACUACUUCAUAGAUGAUCCCACCUUUCAAAGUUAUUUGCACGUCAUGCAGAACAUCCAACACAUGGGAGGAACGUUGGUGAGCACAGACCUGCAGGGACUGAGUGACUACUGCUAUUUGUAUUAUCUCCACUCCAUGACCAUCGCGAAUAGCAACUUGAUGAGGAUUAAUGGGGUCAACUACAAUCUAGAGAAUGCCCUCGGGAAAUCUAAUUUUGUUGCUCAUGUAAGGUCCACUCUGAUGAGCGAAAAGGUGCUAACGAGGAUUAUAGGCGGGGCCAUCAUCUCGUCGCGCUUCCAAGGGGGGUCUUUACAACACAUUUUCGCAGCUGCUAAGAGGCGGUUAACCAAAGCGCUUGAUGGAAUUUUUGCCCAAGUCAAUUUCCUGUUGCUGCCCUCCCUGCCAAGGUCGAACAAUUUGAAGAAGUCGGAGGGCACCCCUCAUGGGGGGGAUCCCCACCCAAAAGAGGAUGCCCCGCAGGAGAAGCAUUCUUUAAGAAGUGCACCCAUUGCACAUCCUUCCAGUGAAAUCCCCCCCCCCACGGAGGGAUACAACAACUACAUGAAGGAAAUCUUCUCAGUCGUGGCGUCCAUCACGGGACUCCCCAGCGUCGUAAUUCCGACGGGGGAGUUUACCCCGCAGUUUAAUGAACCCCUAUCCUUUCAACUGCUAGGCAGAAGCUUGGACGAAGCGGGGCUCCUCAAAGUUGCCUUGGCGUAUAAGAGGCAAAUGCAGGUGGAGAAAAAGGUGGUGGCCAACUUGAGGGGGGUGGCUCGCCGAGCGGAUUGCCGAGUGGGAUGA